AACAUAUGUUUGCAAAAGCAAAUUUUUACAGAUCAGUGAAUGUUUUUAAAUUUUCUGUUUUCGAGGGUGAUUCUGAAAAUACUGUCUGUUUUAACCAGUUAAUUGUUAGUUUGAUUGGAAAAUACUAAUCUGAGAAUAUUGAAUAAUGUCAGUAACUGGUGUAACCAUUAAUACACCUUCAACUGGGUGGCCAAAAAAUCAAUCACAGUUCACUGGGAAAUAUCUUGCCGCAACAAAUUUACUCUCGGUUACAUGUAACCGGACAAUCAAUCUAUACCCUUUAACAAAUUACACUUUUGGUACAAAAGAUGCUCUCUUUGAAAAAGACCCUUCUGUUCCAGCAAGAUUCCAAAGGAUGAAAGAAGAAUUUGAAAAAGUAGGAAUGAGGCGAUCAGUCGAAGGAGUUCUUCUUGUUCACGAACAUCGUUUACCUCAUGUCUUACUAUUACAAUUGGGUACAACAUUCUUUAAAUUACCCGGUGGUGAACUUAAAGCCGGAGAAGAUGAGGUUGAAGGUCUUAAGCGUUUACUUACUGAAACAUUGGGUCGCCAAGAUGGUAUUGCUAAUGAAUGGACAAUUGAAGAUACAAUUGGUAAUUGGUGGAGACCCAAUUUUGAGCCACCUCAAUAUCCUUAUGUUCCUCCUCACAUAACUAAACCAAAAGAGCACAAGAAACUAUUUCUUGUACAACUACCGGAGAAAGCUUUAUUUGCUGUUCCCAAGAAUUAUAAAUUGGUAGCUGCACCGCUAUUUGAAUUGUAUGACAAUGCUCAAGGAUAUGGACCUAUCAUCUCUAGCUUACCUCAAGCCCUGAGUCGCUUCAAUUUUAUUUACUUGUAAACAAUUACAAUUCAUGCUUAAUAAAUCAUUUUCAUUUCCCACUAAA